AUGAAAGUGCAGGGAAUCUUCAUAAGCCGUCUUGUUGAAGGCGGCCUGGCCGAAUCAACGGGCCUAUUAGCUGUAAAUGACGAAGUAUUGGAAGUUAAUGGCAUCGAGGUGCAGGGUAAAACGCUGGAUCAGGUAACAGAUAUGAUGGUGGCAAAUGCUCAGAAUCUGAUUAUUACGGUGAAACCAGCGAAUCAACGAAAUACACUGCAACGUGGCACGCAAUCGCGUACUUCGGACUGGAGUGGCGUCUCCGAUGAUACGGUUAUGGCGCCAGGGCGAGAAAAUAACAAUGAUAUUUAUGGCGCAAAUGGGUAA